AUGGCGGUCUCUCCCGGUGUAGAGCCAUCGAUCACGGUUCACGGGGACGUCAGUACAUCUCGACGGUCGGGACGUGUCCGGAAACCGACCGCAAAGAUCAGAGUAGUUGAGCAGGUCAACUAUCAAGAAAAUGCCGACCUUAAAGAAGAGAUCAACAGACUUUCGAAUCUCGUCCAGGAUCUCCUACGAAGGGAUGCUGAGAGGGAACAACUUCUCAAAGACUGUUUGAAGAAGACCGAAUCCCUGGAGAGAGAGCUUCAAGAGGAGAAACAGCGUUCAGACUGGCACCAUCGUGGUCUAGCAAGGUCCAUGCAUGCU